AUGUCACAAUUGACCAAGUUGAUAAAGACCAAGAAACUCCUUUCAUAUGGAAGAUUCUCUCGGUUAUUUUACUCGAUCAAUAACAAUCAAGUACUAUCUGAUUCGAUCAAUAGUUCAACUGAUGAUAGUUCAAUCAAAAUCAAUUUGGAAUCAAAAUUUGUGCAAGGCGAAAAAUCCAAGUUCCAUCCAACUUAUCAACCUGGAGUUCCAAGAAUCAUUCCAGUCAAUCCUGAUUGUAAUGCAUUGGAAGGUGAGUUGAAACUAACUCCUUCAAAAGCAUUGUGGUUUGGUGGGAUGACCUUGUCAGCACUUGUGGGUGCAAUUCUCACGUAUGACUCUGCUUUGAUGAUUGAAAAUUUGAGUCUUUUUCUUGGUAGUACUGGAAUUUCCAUAUUAUUUGGUCAUUCUCUUGGUAUGCAUAGAAAAUUCAUACACAAUUCAUUUCAAUGUCCAAAAUGGUUGGAAUAUGUUCUGGUUCACCUCGGGACAUUGAUGGGAAUAGCUGGACCAAUUGGUAUGAUGAAAGCACAUGAUAUGAGAGAUUGGGCACAAAGACAAGCUCCAAAGAAUGGUCAAUCACAAUGCCAUCCUUAUUAUGGACAACAGGAAUCUUUGUGGAAAGAUGCCUAUUCACAACUAUGUUGUUCCCUCACUUUGAAACAUCCUCCUGAAAUAAUUCUCGGUGAAAAGAUUGAAAAGGAUAGAGUGAUUCAAUGGAUGGAACGUACAUGGAUGCUUCAACAAUUACCAUAUGCUAUUUUAUUCUAUUGUAUUGGUGGAUGGGGUUGGGUGAUUUGGGGUGUUUGUGCUAGAGUUUCAAUUUCAGUUUUUGGACAUUUCUAUGUUGGAUGGUAUGCUCACAAUUCUGGAUCUGUACAAUCUAGAAGUUAUCAUGUUGAAGGAGCUUCAAUUCAAGGUUACAAUGUUGAAUCGUUGCCCAACUUGAGAAAGAAAUCAUUGUGGGGUAGAAAGAUUCAAGAAAUUAUGACUGCAGGAGAAUGUUAUCAUAACAAUCAUCAUGCUUAUCCAGGAAGUAGUAAAUUAGCAAUUAAGGACAAUGAGCUAGAUAUUGGAUGGAAUGUUCUCAAGGUUAUGGAAAAAUUGGGAUUAGUUUGGAAUUUGAGAAUGCCUCAAGAUUUACCUCCUAGAAAGGAACUAACAAAAAUUGACGAAUAG